CUAUUUAAAAAUGUGAGAGGUUGCUUUUCUUUAUGCCCUUUUUUAUGAACCUGAAAGUGGUGUACACUUCUCUUCUCUGUAGAAUAUGAAUUUUAUUUCCUCUGUCAUUAAACAAAGCUGUGUAAUCUUCUUUUCUAACAUGGCACCUGCAAUAUUUUGGCACACUUGGUUAGCAAUAAUUUGCAUUUUCUUUUCUGGUUUCAUAGUGUCAUGUCAUGAGACAAAUAACCUUAUUCUCAAAGAAAAUCCAAACCAAGUUUCAUCUUCAAGCAAUUUCUUGUUUGGAACAGCCUCUUCUUGUUACCAGUAUGAAGGAGCUUUCCUCAGUGAUGGAAAGGGCCUCAAUAAUUGGGACCUUUUUACCCAUGAAGCUGGUCAUAUUAAGGAUGGGAGCAAUGGAGAUGUUGCUGUUGAUCACUACAAUCGUUAUUUGGAUGAGGAAGAUUUGCAAUAUAGCAAGACUGGGUUGCACCAGAUUUGGUUUUGCAAGAAGUCAAGGAGUUCCAGAAGAGUUUGGGAGGACGUCAAGCUUAUGGCAGAUAUGGGUGUGAAUAGCUAUCGUUUCUCUAUCUCAUGGGCAAGAAUUCUGCCCAAGGGAAUAUUUGGAGAUGUUAAUAUGGCCGGAAUUGAGCACUAUAAUAAGCUCAUUGAUGCACUCCUACAGAAAGGGAUCCAACCGUUUGUCACAUUAACACAUUAUGACAUACCACAAGAACUUGAGGACAGAUAUGGUGGUUGGCUAAGUUCACGAAUACAGGAUGAUUUCAGCUAUUUUGCAGACAUAUGCUUCAAAUAUUUUGGAGACAGGGUCAAACACUGGGUUACCAUGAAUGAGCCUAACCUCAUGGCUGAUCGUGGUUAUAGGACGGGGAUUUACCCUCCAGCACGAUGCUCUGGUAUAUUUGGGAAUUGUAGUGCUGGGGAUUCAGAAAGGGAGCCCUUCAUUGCAGCUCACAAUAUGAUCUUAUCUCAUGCAGCUGCUGUCAGCAUUUACCGCACAAGAUAUCAGAAAAGACAAGGCGGCAUGGUUGGAAUUUCUUUGGAUAUCCAAUGGUAUGAACCUUAUAGCAAUUCCUCAGAAGACAUAGCUGCAACUCAGAGAGCUCGAUCAUUCUAUGUCAAUUGGUUUUUAGACCCUAUUAUAUUAGGAAGAUAUCCUAAAGAAAUGGUACAAAUUCUGGGAUCUAAUCUGCCAGACUUUUCAGUGUAUGAUUUGAGCAAAUUGAGUUACGGCCUAGAUUUCAUUGGCAUCAAUUAUUAUACGGCUAAAUAUAUCAAAGAUUGCUUAUAUUCUGCCUGUGAACAUGGAAACACUUGGUCAGAGGGUUCCUAUUUUGUUACUACACAAAAAGAUGGUGUCGACAUUGGGCAACCUACUGAAGUCGACUGGCUCUUUCUGUACCCACAAGGGAUGAAAAAGAUUGUGAUUUACAUGAAGGACAGAUUCAACAAUACUCCGAUGGUUAUCACCGAAAAUGGAAUUGCUGAGAACGAAAAUCUGAAUCCUUCAAUAACGGAUACCUUGAACGAUGUUCAUAGAGUGAACUAUAUGCAUAGCUACUUAACUUCAUUGGCAAAUGCAAUCAGGGAAGGUGCAGAUGUAAGGGGGUACUUUGUUUGGUCCCUUCUCGACAACUUUGAGUGGCUAGAUGGAUAUAGCCUAAGAUUUGGACUUCACUAUGUCAACUUUACAAAUCUCCAGAGAACUCCAAAAUUAUCAGCCACCAGCUAUAAAGGGCUCAUGUAUAACUUUCACAUACAACUAGAAACACAUACUGUCCAGAAAUAGCGGAAGAAGACAAUGCACAUAAGGAGGCUUGUAAAGAAGAUUUUCAUUUAGGUCUCUGUUGUUUUGGAAGGCAGCUGGCAAUCAAACAAUAAUUAUUGAGCCUGAUCCCUGCCUUCAUACUGCACAAGUUAAGCUCAAGCUUAACCCUUGUAUUCAUUUUAAUGGAACUGUAUUCACGUAAAGGAGAUUUAUUGAUUUUGCAGAAAUAUUCUGUUGAAAGCUGAGUUCUCUCCAUUUUUUUUCCC